UCCUGAAAAUAAACCCCAGGCACAUAUCCAUUUCAGUACAUUGUUUCGAUCUAGUUAAUCUUGUUUUCAGUUUCAUUAAUUCCAUCAAUCCUAGUUAAGUCCAUCAUGCCUCUGUCAACCCUUGUCGCCAGAAAACCACUCAAACAAACUGAUAGGCGCAAAAGGUUUGCCAUCCCAACAAAGGCAUUACACUUGUUCCCACAAUUCAAUGAUCAUCAUUUCGUGCCUGUGGAAUUUUGGCAUGGCUCCAAACAUUGGCCUAUGGUCAUAUCCGCUCGCAGGCACGGCUACAAAAAACCUGUAAUCUCUAAGGGUUGGUUACCCUUUGUCCGCGAAAAUCAGUUGGAGGUUGGUGAUGUAGUCACAAUCUUCAGGGCCGAAGAUGAAGCUGGAAUCAGGUAUCCGAUUGAGAUCGAGAGAGGGAACAUGCCACUUCCUGCUAUGUAUCGUGACCUUGAAGAGCAGCAGUUGCCAAUAUUUCCCAACAGUAAUAAUGUCAACGUGGGAGUUGCAGACAAUAAUGUCAAUGUGGAGAUCGUUACAGCUAACAUCCUUGCCAUCAAACAAGAGACGCAACUAGCCCCUGCAAAUGUUCCGCCAAUUACUCAGAAGGGUGAAGAGCUCAGUCUGAAGCCAGAUCAGGUGAAUUUAAGGUUGACACUGGACAAUGGUCCGCAAACACCCAUGUUUGCUAGCACACUUCCCUCUCCGGUAGAAGAGGAACUCAAGAGCACUGGCGGCGUGCAGCGGCAAAUUGCCCAUCAAACCCACCAUGAUGAUCCUAAAACAGCCAAUUUGAACCCAAUUCUUAAUCAAAUCAGUGCAGAUGAAUUUCAUGUGAACUUAGACCUGACUCUGGCACCACCUGUGGUCGAUCUCUUCCCCUCGACACUGAAAACCCAUCCUUUUGGUCCGCCCCGCAGCGGAUCGGCUAAUGGUGCUUUCUAUGGUGGUGUCCUUGCUCUACCUCUCGUCCUCUUCAAGGAGAGCCGAAUUCCGACAAAUGAUGGUCCCCACCCACCGAUUACUGGAUUGGAUCAGAAACAUCAUGACUGCGCUUGUGAAAUCAAUACUGGGAUAUUCUACAGGAAUCCUUACAAUGUGGCGGGCAUUUAUAAUUGUAGUUCAUACCCUCUUGCAAACAGUCGCUAUGCCACUAUUCGCCUUAACUCAUCUCUCCUCACUCACUCUCACCUUCAACCUUCCUCUCCCCUUUGCCCCAUUCUCUCCGUCCUCGAACCUAUCCCUUCCGGCGCUCCUUACCACCUCUUCACCAACGGCUCAGCAAUCGGCUUCAAGUCUCAAACUGGCAUCCUCCGCUCCCUGCUUCCAGAAGGUGACGUUUCGCUGUCUCUUGAUUACAGUGCAAAGAAUCCUACACCAGGUUCGAUCCGUGGCAGGAAGGCAUCGCAGAAGAAAAUGGCCAAAGGUGGGAAGAAGGGAGGUAAAACAAGGAGGAAGGUUGGGAUGGUGAAUGGAAGCCUGAGUGUGGUACGCCAGAUUCGCGCUCUUGUGGCGCACAAGUGCGUGAAGAUCCUUGCAGGCGUGCCCCGAGUUGAGAACGCUGGUAAUGGGGAGACUCAGGCCGUUGUUCUUUGAUACGCCGUGUUCUUCGAGUUGAGAUCGCAAAAUCACAACCAUUGUUCUUUGAUACGUCAUGUCCUCUCCGGCUUCCAUCAGCCAUGGUUCCUCCUCCGCCUCCUUCUUCUCUGUGGAUCGCCACCUCAAAGAUUCUUGCAAAGCUCGGUCGAUUUCAUUUCCCCGAAAUCUGGUUUUCUUCCAGUUCUUGGAGUUUAACAUUUAAUCUUAAAGGUUUUUGAUUUUUUAUUAAUUUGUUUGUUUAAUGCUCUGUUUGGUUGGAGAAAAACCUACGGAAAAGAAAAUAAAGCAAGCCUUUGAAG